AUAUGGAAAAGAGUAAUAAAACUGAACGAAAUAAAAUAAUUGACGAGACUUUUAACGAUUUUGCCAAUGGUUCAAUCAAGAUUUUAAGUGAGGCAUUAGCGGAAAAGGAUACGAUUAUUAAUUAUUGA